UUAAAUUCGCAUUAUUCUUUAUUUCUACUCCCAGUUAUCAAUAUUCAAUUGAGAGCGACUUAUCUGGCUGACAUUGUUUCAUUCUAAAUCGUAAAGAAAUUGUUAUGUCGAAGAUAAUAUAUCUUAACAUACACUGCAUUGUCUUAUCUCAUCUUAUUAAAGAGACGCAAAUACAUAGACUUUCUGAAUAUUUACUAAUAUCGUGAGAGAUGACACAUCAGUAAUCAGAAACUGAGUAGGAGAGAUAACUGUAAGAUAGUCAAACUUAUGAGAGCUCGAAUUAGAAUGAAACACGUAAAGUCAUAAGGAUAUACAAAUAUACUGGCGCGGUUUUUGCGCGACGAGUUAUUUCGUGAAAGUCCCCUAUUAUCGGGAAAAAACAUGUGGGGAAAUAUUUUCUUCUGGAAAAUUGAUCGUCUAAUUACAAAUGUAACAUCUCUAGCCGUGGGAGAAAUAUGUCAUGCAUAUGUCAUGUGUUUCACGGGGUUAUUUCGCGAUCAUUUUGUAUUGUUCGAAAAAUUAGCCAUUUCGCGCUAUAAUGUACGUCGAAUAAGAUAUAAGAUAAUUAUGCGACCAAGAAAAGAGGAGAGUAGGAGGGGGGCUGCUUGGCGUCAAACGUGUUUUGAUACUAGUGAAGGUAUGACCAGCAAGCAGCGUAUUCCAGCAUACCUCAAUUUGAAUCGAGUUCUCCUGCUCGCAAUUGGCUUGUGGCCCUAUCAACGAUCGAAACUUAUUUCAUUGCAGUUUGUUCUGUUGUUCAGUAUCCUGUUGAGCUUUAUUCUGCUUCAAUUAGGUACAUUGGUUAUUUUACGAUGCACAACAGACCUGGUACUUAAAAUCCUCUUUAUUGCAUUUUUCUUCAGUACUUGCGUGAUAAAUUACACUUCGUUCUAUGUCAACAUCGAUGCGGUAAAGUCUCUGACCCAGCAAAUUCAACAUAACUAUGACAAAUUAAAAGAUGAGGGUGAGAUCGCUAUCAUGAACAAGUACGGGAACAGAACGAAACACUUCACUUCUAUGUGCAUAGUUCUCUUCAUUUGUACUAUAUAUGUUUUACUUCUAUCGCAAUUUUGGCCAUGCAUUCUCGACGUAAUUCAGUCUGCGAACAAGACCCGGCCGAUCAAUUCGUUGCGAUUUAUAAGCGAGUACUACAUUGAUAAUCAGAAAUACCUGUACUUAAUUGUGCUGUAUACAAAUGCGGCUUUUUUCAUAGCUUGCCUCACGACGCUUAGCACUGGAACGAUGUUGCUAGCAUAUGGUCAAUAUAUUUGUGGGAUGUUGAAGAUUGCCAGCUAUCGCAUCCAGUAUGCAAUGAGGCCAAAUGUGAAGCAACCUAUUAAUCUACAGAAAAAGAAUCCGAUCUACGAAAGGAUUAUUUAUGCAGUAGAUAUUCAUCGCAAAACCUUGCAGUUCUCCGAAUCAUUAAUGUCUACGUUCGCCUUAUGGUUCUUCUUACUGAUAGGAGCCGGUGUGAUUUCCAUGAGUCUCAAUUUAAUACAAAUUUUUUUGAUAUUAUCGUCUGGAUACAAUGUCGUAGAACUGACAAUCCAAGUUAUCUUCUUAUUCUGUCAGUAUUUUUAUAUGUUUAUGGCCAAUUACGUCGCUCAAGAAGUUGCGGAUCAUAAUAAUCACGUAUUCACCUCCAUAUACAAUAUACAAUGGUACGUGACUCCUUUGCAUGUGCAGAAAAUGAUAUUGUUUAUGCUGCAGAGAGGAACUAAGCCCUAUCAUUUGCAGCUAGGUUCUGUCUUCGUGGGUUCCUUAGAAGGCUUCGCAUCUUUAAUGAGCGCCUCGAUAACUUAUUUCACUGUUAUCUAUUCAAUACGAUAAUGACGUGAUGAGAUCUACUAACAAUGUAGUCCUGUAAUUAGUGAAAUAGAGUUAUUAAAGUAAAUAAAACUACUAUUUUUUUUCAUUUCUCUACUUCUAGGUAUCAGGUACAUUCAAUGAAGAUGUGUUUAGUUCAUUCGUUUUAUUCCAAAACGUAAAACUUUCAUUUGCUGUGCCACGAAUGAAAUAUAUUAUAUUACUACA